GUAUUGUCAACAGUUGAGGUGCGAUACUGGUGAGGAGUAGCUUUUGUGGUUAGGUAUGUUGGAAAUAAAUAUUAUUUGUUAAGGAACAGUGAUUUCCAGGUGAAACGAGACAUACGCUACUAUCGAAAACGGUAGUUGUGGAACGUCCCUUUUAAUCUCAAUUUUUAGAAUUUAUCAUGGCAAGUGGAUCGUCGUCCGAAACACAGUCGGCAAUCGCUCAGAAGACAUGGGAAAUGUCGAAUAACAUAGAAACAAUUAGCUCAGUGGAUGAAAUAUACAGAUAUGAUCGUAAGCAACAACAAGACAUACUUGCUGCGAAACCAUGGGAGAAAGAUCCGCACUUUUUCAAAGACAUCAAGAUAUCUGCCCUUGCACUUUUAAAAAUGGUGAUGCAUGCAAGGUCAGGUGGAACACUUGAAGUUAUGGGACUGCUUUUGGGAAAAGUGGAUGCUAACACAAUGAUAGUGAUGGAUUCAUUUGCACUUCCAGUUGAGGGCACGGAAACAAGAGUCAAUGCUCAAGCACAGGCUUAUGAGUACAUGACAGCUUACAUAGAAGCUGCAAAACAGGUUGGACGCAUGGAAAAUGCAAUAGGCUGGUACCAUAGUCACCCAGGAUAUGGAUGUUGGUUGUCUGGAAUUGAUGUAUCUACUCAGAUGCUGAACCAAAAUUUUCAAGAACCAUUUGUUGCUAUUGUUAUUGAUCCUGUUAGAACAAUUUCAGCUGGGAAAGUAUGCCUGGGGGCAUUUAGAACAUAUCCCAAGGGGUACAAACCAGCUAAUGAAGAACCAUCAGAAUACCAGACAAUUCCUCUGAAUAAAAUAGAGGACUUUGGUGUACACUGCAAGCAGUACUAUUCAUUAGAAGUGACAUAUUUUAAAUCAACUUUGGAUAGACGUCUUCUUGAUUCACUGUGGAACAAGUAUUGGGUCAACACCCUGAGCUCUUCGAGCCUCCUUACCAAUGCUGACUAUACCACUGGGCAGAUUUUUGAUUUAUCUGACAAACUUGAACAAUCAGAAGCUGCUCUGGGUCGUGGAGGAUUUAUGUUAUCAGGUGCUGAUCCGCAUGAAAAGCGUACAGAGGACAAAUUAAUGAAAGCAACAAAGGACAGCUGCAAAACUACCAUUGAGAUAAUUCAUGGCUUGAUGGCACAGAUGAUAAAGGACCGCUUGUUCAAUCACAUAAAACCCAAAUGUGACAUUUAAAAUGACUUAAGUUUAUAUAAAUUUUUCUGUGAAUAGGUUCUCAGAGGCCCUUGUGACUGGAAAUGAUUGUACCUUGUUACAUCAGAGAACUGAUUGAACUAGUUUAAUUUCAUGUUUGUAUGUGAUCUCAGACUUGCACAGUUAUAUGCUGAUUGUGCAUCCAGGAGAGUACAUAAUGUUACACAGUUUAAUUUUGCCAGAGAAAUGUUUUUGUGUUCCUUGUCUCAUUGAGGUUAAAACUGCAAGUACUAAUUACAGCUGAGCAGGUAACUUUUCAACAAGUUAGCUGCUUUCAACAUCUAAACUCUUCCAAAUUAUGAUCAUGUUAUUCAGGCUUUUAAAAAUAAAAUAUUAUUUAUUCA